CGUAACUACCCCACCAUGCCACACACCAUAUGUAUGGCGCGCGAGCUCCCACUUCACUUCCAAUCCGCGCACCACCUCCACGCCCAUCCCCCCAGCCCAGCACAGCAAGCAUGUCGAUCCCCAACGAAGCGCUCCAAAAGUUAAUAUCCGACAUCGACGCCCGCGCCUCAUCAUCACUGCAACAGCUGCAAAUGGUGCGAACCCAGAUCAGCACGUGCAACCGCGAGAUCCGACUGCUGCAGCUGACGGGCGAGGAACUGUCCUCGCUGCCAGCGGAAACCCGCGUCUUCGAGGGCGUCGGGAAAAUGUUUGUGCACCGACAGAUGCCUGAUGUUAAGGCUCGCCUGGAAAAUGAGGAGAAGGGCCUUAAGGGCGAUAUUACGGACCUCGAGAAGAAAAUGAGGUACCUUGAGACUACGUAUGUCAAUGCGAGGGAGGGGCUGGAUGCUAUACUUAAGGGCGGGAGGAGCUAGGAGGGGGAUGGGGGGGGGGAUGCGGGAUGGGGG